AUGCUACUUUUACUAUUAUUAAUUAUCACAAUUUCCAUUCUUUUCCUAUUUUGGGCAGCAAUAAGAAAUAAUAAUUAUUGGAAGAAGAAAGGAAUUCCUGGCCCAAAACCUUUACCUUUAAAAGGAAAUAUUGACCAAAUUUUUGGUAAAAAUAUAGCAGCAAUACAAAAACAAAUAUGGAGUAAAGAAUUUGGAAGUGUUUAUGGAAUUAAAAAUGGAUGGUUUAAUGAAUUAGUUAUUAGUGAUCCAGUCUCUCCAUUAUUUGGCGAUGUAGAUACAAAAAGGUUGAUUCCUUUAUUUUUUGCUAAAGGAAAACGUUGGAAGCGGCUUCGUGCAAUUGCUAAUCCAGCAUUUUCAAUUUCCAAUUUAAAAAGAGUAAAUAUUAAAUUUAUUAAUUUAACAGAAAAGGGAAUUCAAAUUAUUACUGUCUUACGGUAA